GGGGGCCAAGGGAAGGGCACGGGGGUUAUGGGGUGGUCACCGGGGUUAUCCCGGGGGGGGGGGGGCGGUUUGGAGGCGGGGAGGGAGCGCCCGGUAGGUCCCACCGCGCCCGUCCGUGACUAUCGCCCCUUUAAGGCCGCGCCCUCGGCCCCGCCCCUGCCCCGACCCGCCAGACCUGUCCGCCCCGCCCGGCCCCGCCCUGCCGACCCCACCCUCUGAGGCCCCGCCCCCGCCGCCCCGCCCGGCGGCGGCCCAGCCCCCCCCCCCCGUCCCGUCCCAGCUCGGAGCGGAGCAGCACCGGCCCCUCCGCCGCGCUCGGCCCGGAGCCGCCCGGUUCGGCCCGGUACGGCCGGGAGCGGCCCGGCAAGGCUCGGCCCGGUUCCGUUCGGUUCGGCCCGGUGCAGCCCGGUUCGGCACGGAUGGUGCUGGCCGGGGGCCGAGCAGCGCCGUGAGCCCGCAGGUGUCCGCAUGGCCCCCCGCGGGAUGCGGCCCGGGACGCGCUCCCUCUUCCUCCUCCUCCUCCUUCUCCUCCUCGCCGCCACCGGCGCCCGCUCCGGGGUGGUGGAGGUGGAGCGCAGCGUGACGGCGGUGCUGGGCCAGGACGUGGUGCUGCCGUGCCGGUACCGGGCGCAGGAGCAGGAGCAGGUGGUGCAGGUGACGUGGCUGAAGCGGGGCCCGGCCGGGCGCAGCGCCGAGGUGGCCGUGCUCAACCAGCAGCACGGGGAGCACGUGCAGGAGCCCUACGUCGGGCGGGUGCUGUGGCGGGCGAGCGGGGCGCUGGAGGACGGCGCCAUCGUCCUGAAGAACGCGGUGCAGGGGGACGAGGGCGACUACGAGUGUCACCUCAUCACCUUCCCCCUGGGCAACUUCGAGGGGCGCCUCACCCUCAAGGUGCUGGUGCCGCCGCUGCCCAUCCUGAACCCGGGGCUGCCGCUGGAGGAGGGGCAGGGCCGGACGCUGGCGGCCUCGUGCACGGCGGAGGGCAGCCCCGUGCCCUCGGUGCACUGGGAGACGGAGGUGCGGGGCACCAACACCACGCACCGCUCGGUGCACGCCCGCUCCGCCUCCGUCACCAGCGAGUUCUUCCUCGUGCCCGGGCGCAGCAUGAACGGCAAGAGCCUGACCUGCGUGGUGGCCCACCCCGGCCUGCGCCACGAGAAGAGGAUCACCCACCUCCUCAGCGUUGCCUACCUGUCGGACGCCUCGGUGCUGGGGCACACGGAGGAGUGGCAGGAGGGCAUGGAGGGGGCCACGCUGACCUGCCUGGGGGAUGGCAACCCACCCCCCACCUACAACUGGACACGGCUGAACGCCCCGCUGCCCGCCGGCGUGCGGGUGAAGGGGGACACCCUCGUCUUCCAGCGGCCCCUCGCCGCCGCCGAUGCCGGGGACUACGUCUGCCGCGUCUCCAACCGCGUGGCCGCCAAGGAGGCGCGGGCCAACGUCAGCAUCAAGAGCAGGGCGGCAGACGAGGUGCGCAAGGUAGACCUGGUCUCGGCCUCGGUGGUGGUGGUGGGCGUCAUCGCCGCCGUCCUGCUCUGCGUCCUCGUCGUCGUCGUGGUUGUCAUGACCCUCUACCACAAGCGCAAGACCAAGCGCAUCUCCGAGAAGUACGAGGAGGAGCUGACGCUCACCCGGGAGAACUCCAUCCGCCGCCUGCACUCCAGCCACAGCACCGACACACGCACCCAGCUGGAGGAGACGCUGCAGCUGCGCACGGAGAGCCGGCAGGGCAGCCUGCGGGGGGACAGCCUGCGUGGGGACAGCCUGCGCGGCACCAGCAUCUGCUCCGCCAUGAGCGAAGAGCCCGAAGGUCGCAGCUACUCGACGCUCUCGACGGUGCGGGAGAUCGAGACGCAGACGGAGGUGCCGGCAGCGCCGCUGCUGCCCACCCCGGUGGGGAAGGACCCGAAGGAGGAGGAGGAGGAUGGCGGCGGCGGCGGCGGCAGGGGGGAUGACCCCAUCAAGCAGGCCAUGACCCACUUCGUGCAGGAGAACGGGAUGCUGCAGGCCAAGCCCACCACCAACGGUAUCUACAUCAACGGCCGCGGACACCUGGUGUGAGCCGCGUGGGGCCGGGGGGGGGGCGCCCGAGGGACCCCUGUCCCCCCCCUGCGGCUCCCCCGGGCUCUGCCCACCCACCGGGCUGGCUCCAGCCCCCAAGCAUCGCCCUGCUGCUGGCACGGGGCCAGGGACGCGCACCGUGCCCCAGGACGGGGCUCCGGGCCCCAGGCGUCACCUCGCUGCUCGCGUGGGGCUGGGGACGCGCGCGCGCCCCAGGACGGGCUCCGCUCCCCGGCUGUCGCCCUGCUGCUGGCACGAGGGGGGGACGGUCACCGGUGGCCGGCCGGAGAGGAGGUGACAGCAGCAUCCAGGACCCACGGGCGCUGGAGCCACCGGGCACCCACGGGUGUGGGGACACCUACGACGUGAGGACACCCCAAGGACAGGACAGGGGCAGGAGCCCCCGGCGGGGAUCGCGCCACCCCCCUCUCUUUCUCCCCUCCCCAGUAUCCCUUCGGACUCUGGGUCAGCUCCUUCCCGCGCGGUGCUGGGGACACGCGGCUGUCCCCGCUCGGGAUGCGGUUUGCCGGUGGCACUUGGGACGCUUGUGUCCCCUUUCCCCACCCCACCCCCCUACGGCCCCUCCAAAACCCCCAACCCCCCCUGUCAUCCCCCCACUAAGCUGCCAAGGGGACCCCCCCGGGGCCGGGCCCCCCCCGGGCGCGGGGCUGGUGGCGGGGGUCC